CCGGGGCUGUCCCACCCCUAUGCUGUUAUAAUUGUAAUCAGCCAGGCCAUCUUGCGAAAGAUUGUCCGAAACCCCGAACUCAGGGCGGUUCUACCGGACCUUCCCAAAUCCCACUGGCUGCGCCCACCGCUGCAGGACAGGGGAGGGUAGCCACGGUAAUGGACACAGGAACGACGGAGAUGGUGACCCCUGCGGCCACUGACAUAGGACCCGAUGAGUAUAUGGCAGCAGCGAUGUUCGAACCCGGGACCAUCGGAGUGAUACGUCACGUCCAACGGAUUACCGAGGAAAGCGACCUCGGGCCGUGGCGACCAGGGUCCGAAGAUCUUGCGGUACCUGGUCCUGAAUACAAGGAUGGCCAUAUCGACGUAUUGGAUGCCUUGAAGGCUCUGGACCUUCGGAUCCCCGUCCCUAUUCCAUAUYUGCUAACCAUUUCUGAAGCGGCUAACGARAAGUUGAUCGAACGGUGCCUCAAAAACAGGCGCCGAUUCGAGGAAAGUAGAAAGGGCAAAAAGCCGGUCCUACGGGACCCACCCGCCAACGAGGAACCACAGCCCUCAACCUYAGAGGUGMAUGAAGCCAACCGGAUAGGGAUGAUCCAGACCGUGGAUUCUGCCUCGGAAAAACCCGAGGCGUUGAAGGAGGCUUUGACGUCUGCUCCUGUGUUGGCGCGUCCCGACCCGACAAGACCGUUCGCACUGUACACAGACUGGCAGCCUCAGGCGAUAUCGGCGGUGCUGACUCAGCACGGGAAGGACGGAAGGGAGCACGUAAUUGAGUAUGCGUCCAAGACGCUGAGCCAGGCGCAGGCUAAUUACGAAGCGUGCAAAGGUGAAUGCCUGGCGGUGGUGUGGGGGAUUCAGCACUUCCGACCGUAUCUGUACGGCCAGAAAUUCGUGCUGGUGACGGAUCAUCAGCCGCUGCUGUCCCUAUGCAACAACAUGGACUACACGGGGACGCUGGGCAGGUGGGCGGUGCGUUUGCAAGACUAUGACUUCGACAUCCUCCAUCGCGCCACGCGGCAGCAUGGUAACGCCGAUGGAUUAACGCGCCUCCUGCCGCCCAACAAGUGUCCCGCCAAUGAGCGACUCAUUUCGUGGAGGCCAGAAGUCGCGGCGACAAAACCACACUACGGGGAGCUAUAUGUCCCUACCGAGAAGCGAUAUCUGGACGCUAGAACAGCCGACGGAUUUGCGCCGAGUGCCCGCCGAGCAGAAGCCUGGACGGACCUUUUAUUGCUACGAAGACUGGCAGGCGACUCGCUGUCAGAACUUACCAAAGCUGAACGGCGGACAGUCACGGAGCGGGCGCAAGACUAUCGCUGGCAGGGCCCGACGUUACAAAAACGGAAGGUCGAUGACGACGGAGAGUCUAGCUGGUUGACGGUUCCACACCCUCUUGCUAGAUUCGAUUGGACACGAGCCGCUCAUGAGGAGGAUGCGGUCCAUUUCGCGGUCAAGUACACGGAAAAAGCCAUCGAAAAGAACGGAUGGUACUGGUCGGGAAUUCGGGAAGAUGUGAAAUACAUCGUUCAGAAUUGCCCGGCCUGCGCGGCGGACAAGGCGCCGGUCCAGAUGCCUCGGACGAUGGUGCCCACUCGUGUCGAGCGCCCCUUUCAGAGGGUUAGCAUCGAUACGACGGACAUCAACGUUCCGAGAGGGCCCGUCGAUCAGGGAGAACUCAAUGUUCUUUUAGUGGCUGUCGAUCAUUUUUCAAAAUGGAUCGAGUUGUACCCUAUGACCAGCCGGAAUUCGCAGGAAGUAGCCUGGUACGUAAAUCGAUUUUUGUGCAUGCAUCUAGACGUAGAAGAAAUACACAUGGACAAUGGGUCGGAAUUUCAAGGCGAAGUAGAACGUCACCUGGUCAGGGCGGAUGUUAAGAUUAUCUACUCGCCGGGGCAUUGGCCUCAAGCCAAUGGCCUGGUAGAAAAUGCCAACCGACUGAUUAAGACGGCCCUUAGACGGAAUAUCACUGCGGGAGACACCCGACCCUGGCCGGUCAUUGUGGAUCACAUUUUGGUCGUUUAUCGGGCUACCCCCCACGGUAGUACUGGGGUGUCCCCCUUUCAACUGAGAACCAAUAGUGUCCCUCGGAUGCAAUUGUCCCCCUUAAUGUGUGCGGAAGUUAGAGCAACACGGGCCCAGAAUCGAGACAAGGCCCGCCACUGCCUGGACUUAAUGGCUAGGGCCUAUCCCCCAUUAGCUCGCCGUCGACGGCAGGCCGUAGAUCGGACGCAUCAACGGCAGAUCCGGGACUACGAGAACCGACACGCGUCGGCGGGACCACUGCCCCGCUAUAAAGUUGGGGACUUGGUACAGGUACGGAAAUCUGCGCGCUCCUCCAAGAUCCACCCGCGCUACACAGGCAUUUACGAGGUCACGGAAGUUGGCGCACAGGGACAGCACUCCGUGAAGUUGAUUCCCCGUCACAACUCCCAGGCCCGACCGCUGACACGGCACGCUGCCGCGCUCCGGCCCUUCCAGCCAUCGCUAGGUCCCCUACGGACCCCUGCUCCUGCACGAUCACCUUCUCCUUCUUCAUCCUCCUCCUCUUCUCGAUCUGCCUCGUCCAUUGGUGCUGAGAGUUUCAGGGAGCAGGAUGAACCAUCGCCAGCCGGAGCAUGAGCACCUCGAGCACUUCCAGACGCCGCUUGCAGAUCGCUUGUUGCUUGUUGCGGCAUCGGUUUAACGAGG